AUGGCGUCGACCAGCACACCUGAACUGACGCCUGAGUUCCUGGCGCAGGACCGACGUCCUGAGGCGAGGAUCGGAAUUGGAGUCGUGACGGCACUGUCUGGAGCGGUUGUGUUGAUUCGAGUCUAUGCGCGAUGGUUCAUGAUUCGCAGCUUUGGCUGGGAUGAUGGACUCAUCUGCAUGGCGAUGUUGUUAAACAUCGUCGUCAUGGCCCUCACAACCCAAGUCCUCCGCUACGGCGCCGGCUUGCACGUCUGGGCCCUCGAUACCGCCGAAACCCCACUGCUGUACAAAUGGCUCGUUUCUGCGCAGCUGGUAUACAUGAUCGCGUUGUGGGUGUGUCGAUUGUCGGGAUUGGCCUUCUACCGUCGAUUGAACCCGAUGCCUCAAUUCCAACUGUACCUCCGGAUUUCCUUUGCCUUCGUUACGGCCGUCAUGCUCGCCCAGGUCCUCAUCAUCGCUCUGCAAUGUGUCCCGCUCGCUGCGCUCUGGGGCGGUGCUACCGGAAAGUGUUUGGGAUCAAAGACGGUGUUUAUAUCCACUGCCGCGAUGACGAUUAUCUGCGACUCGCUUAUCCUGCUACUGCCGGUCAAGAUUGUGCUUUCGAUCAAGGCGAAUGCAACGCGCAAGGUUGCGCUGAGUGUGGUGCUGUGUUUUGGUGUUCUUGCCGUGAUGUGA